CGGAAGCGAGGUUUUCGGCGGCGUUAUCUGCUCGGUAAGGUGGGUACCUCUUCCUUGCUCAGUACCAAGAUAUAGGUACCCUGGUGCCACCUAAGAACUCCAGCGGGUAGGGGUCGGUCGUCUGUCGACCCCGACGCCGUCAGGGACUCUGCUGUGGGCUGUUCUGAAGGCCGCAAGAGCUACUCCUGGUCCUGUGAAGCGACCAGCCGGUGCCUGCCGGAGGGCCGGGACUGGUGGCCUUCCCUCUUACUCUCACUGCCCAGAGAUCUUAAGGAAUAAAAUAAAGCAGACACAAUUCAUCUCUAAAAAGAUUAUUUAUACUUUGGUAUUUGAAAUGCUUUAUGUUUAGAAUAGUAAUAAAAAUGGAAAAAGAGAAAGUAAAUAAUGAUGGACAGCCAGAUCCAGAGAGUUCCUUGGACUUUUCUGAACACUUUAACCAACUUGAGUUGUUGGAAACACAUGGACACCUUAUUCCCACUGGUACCCAAAGUCAGUGGGUAGGGAAUUCUGAUGACGAUGAGGAACAAGAUGAAAAGACUGAAGAGUGGUAUCAAUUGCAAGAAGAAAAAAUGGAAAAAGAUCCAAGCAAAUUGCUUCUUUGGGCUGCUGAAAAAAAUCGGCUGAAUACAGUGCGGAGGCUACUUUCUGAAAAGGCCACUCAUGUGAACACUAGAGAUGAAGAUGAGUAUACACCUCUUCACCGAGCAGCCUACAGUGGACACUUAGAAGUUGUCCGUGAGCUAAUAGCACAAGGAGCAGAUGUUCAUGCAGUGACUGUGGAUGGCUGGACACCCCUGCACAGUGCUUGUAAGUGGAAUAAUACUAGAGUAGCAUCUUUCUUACUUCAGCAUGGUGCAGAUAUCAAUGCCCAAACAAAAGGCCUCUUGACGCCCUUACAUCUUGCUGCUGGGAACAGAGACAGCAAAGAUACUCUAGAACUCCUCCUGAUGAACCGCUACAUCAAACCAGGCCUGAAAAACAACUUGGAAGAAACCGCAUUUGAUAUCGCCAGAAGAACAAGUAUCUAUCACUACCUCUUUGAAAUUGUGGAAGGCUGCACAAAUUCUUCACCUCAGUCUUAACGGUUCUGAUCAUUUUCUUAAGUUUCUAAGUACCAGUGCCUCCUUUGUGCGAGAUGUCAGAAAUCCCCAUAAUACAAAGUUGACAUCAAAAGUCUUACUACAGAAAUUCAGUGGUAUUCAUUAUAUCCUUCCCAGUGAAUUGCCUGGCCUUGAUGUCAAAUGCAUUUGAAAGUUGUUUGGAUAUAUCUUUAAUGAUUUCUGUGGAGUGUGUGAUUUUUAUCAGGAAUAAUUUUAACUUACCUAUACUUCAAAAUUUGUCAUGAGUUGUACAGAAAACUAAUGAUAUUUUUGGUGCUGAUUCAAGAAAAAUGUAUUUUUAAAUAUCCCCCAUCCUGAAUCUUUGUUGAAUAUUUAGUAUAUGACAUGUAUUUUUAUAAGGUAAGGUAACUCAGAAUUCAAUUUAAAAGUCUUAAAUAUACUGGUGCAGUUCAGCUGUCAUCUCUGUGUUACCAUAGCCAUUUGCUUUCAUUUUAAACCAUAAGUACUAACAUAUAUAGUAACUUGAAUCCUGAUAACUUAAUACAGUCAAGAACCUAGCUUUUUGUCUUUUAGAACCUAGACCAUUUUUAGGAGACUGGUUAGCUGGUGUUUAAUCCAUGAAUGUUAUAUACAGCCUCCCCCAUCACAAUUACACAGUCCUGAAGACAGUCCUACCUCACCCCAGUCCACCUACGUAAUUCUUAUUCUACUGGUGAGUCAGCAUGAACUUGCAGUUGUGACACACCCACAACUACAGCUUUGUCGGAGAGAUCCUAAUAUAUCUGUUACCCAGCUGGUUUUACCUUUCCAAUCCUGCUGACUUGGGCACUGCUCAUAUAGCCAUUCAAGUUCACAAGAAGUAUUCAUUUUCCAGGGCCCUCAUUUUUAUAAAAAACAUACAAAGGCCGAGUACCAAGGGAAAAGAAAUUCUAAGAGUAAGGAGAUGAUUAUUAUAUUGGGGCUAGAAUCACACAAUGGCUGAGGCUUUUUAAAAAGCCACAGUGUGGAUAGUGACAAAACUAUAAAUACUCAAAAAAUAAGUUUCAAACAAAAAGCAUGAAUUUUUUUAACUAUAUAGCUUCCUUGAAUCCAUACAUAUUUAGUUAUCCAGCACGUUUGUUUACUAUCUACUAUCAGUGUUUCCAGAAUCAGUUUCACAUUCACUACCAACCCUCCUGUGACAAUUCCUGAAGGCUUUUCUCUUACCUUCUCAAUACCAGAACCAACACACAAAACAAAGGGCACUAAAACAGUGGCCCCUUCCUUCAGUUAUAUUUUUUAAAUGUCCACCGAGGUUUGUCUAUUCUGAGCCAACCCUUGUGACCUAAUCAACUUAGACUAAAUAAUAAUGUUUAAUCAAAUAUAUGUGCCAGUUUUUAGGUAGAACAAAAUGAGUCAUCUCUGAAAAAUUAAUAUAUGAGCUGAAUCUUUGUGACAAACAGUAUCUUAACAGUUAGGAGAACUUCAGUUAUUUUAUGUUAUGUGGCAAGGAGAUUCCUGGGUUUCAGAGUGUUAGUAUCUAUGACACAAGGAUUUUGGCAGAAAGUGAGGGUUGCUUUCUGUUUAAUCUGGCCCAGUUAGUGAUACCAAAUAACAGGUACAGCUAAUAGACAGUGACAAUAUAACAGGAUCCCUUCCAUCCCAGUAGACUGCUAAGUGAGGCUUCCUAGUUGUCUGAAAGGCAAAGAUCCCAUGACUCCUUUCUUAAUUGAGAGUGAGUUGCAUCCAUGAUUUUAUAUAAGCUUUCCACUUAAGUAUAGGGUCAAAGAAGCCACCUUUUAAUCUGACCAGGAGUUGAGUUGAGAUGUAACUACCCCUUGGCUUCCAGACCACACAGCACUCAGCUAGUGCAUGGAAACCCCUGCCAUCCCUGAGGGCAGAAUUUAUGUUGUUUGCUUCCUUUAUGCUUUUCUUAGUACUUACUAGACUUCUCUGUCUAUAGAAGGCAUUCACUAAUUAUGCUUUUGACUAUAUUACUUAUCUAUAAUUUUUAGUUUGUUUUAAAAAAGCUAAAUACCUCAGUUUGCAAACAGAAUUUUCUCUAAUCUUAUACAGUCUAUCCAAAGACUCUUAAAAAAAUAAAGUCUAUGCUUUUCAUAACUAAGGCUUUAAUUGUGAUUAACUUACAUGCCUGAAAAAGAGGUGACCUUUUGUCAUUAUUUAAGGGACACAUCUUAAUUCAUAGGCCCUCAGUGGAACUAGAUGACUUUAUUCUUUUAAUCUUAAGUACAAUUCUCUGGGAAGCUUUUUGGCCCACAGCCUACCACAGGGAUGGGAUUUAGAGUCUUAAUUCUCAUUUUUAUUUGUUGGCAUCUAUUAAUGCACACACCACUCUGCUAGGACAUCAUGAUCAAAAGAGUCCCACAGCAGUAGCACUUGCUCUGAGACUUGUGUCCCAUAAUAAAAUGAAACCUCUAUAUUGGUUCUUGAUUCCUGAUCAACACAUAUACCAUCCUCACCCUGCCUGAAAUGGCUCUAGGAAUUUCUGGAACUGGAAGGUACAAAGUAUGACCACAAAGUCACUGAUUACGCCUUUACUGUAAUUAGUUUAUUGUGGCAUGAUCUAGUCCCUCUGUAGGGUUACCAGGUGACCAUUUAACUUGUGCAACAUGAAGUGCUUUCUCUAAGGGAAUUUAAGAUCUCUGUUUAUUAUGUUUAGAAGACCAUAAAUUAAGAAGGAUUGAGUAACUAUUGGUGAUUUAAAUUUCUGAAAAUUUCCCUUUGAAACCCUAAAUUUUACUUCUGGAAACCUAAGCAAAAAUUAUGUAAAUCAGGCUGUCAGAAAGAAACAUAAUGUGAGCCACAUGUGUAAUUUUUAGUUUUUUUCUAGUAGCUGCCUUAAAAACAGGUGAAAUUAAUCUUAAUAAUACACAUUAUUUAAUCUAAUAAAUCCAGAGCAUUCAUUUCAACACAAAAUAGGUAUUUUAAAUUAUUGAGACAUUUUUAUUUUUUCAUAGUAUAAGUCUUCAAAGUACAAUGUGUACUUUAUGGCACACUGCACUUCAGACAGCCACAUUUGACUGGUGGCCAUGGUUGAACAGGGCAGGUCCAGAUGCCAGAAGCAUUCCCCAGAGGCACAGCAGAAUAGUUAGAAGAAACUAAACUUUGAACCAGACAAAUCUGGGUUCAAAUACUGAUUGCCAUCUGUGUGUGACUUUGGUUAAAUAAAGUCAGUUUCCUACUAUGUAAAAUGGAGAUAGUGUCUAUCAUGUUAGAGCUCUAUAAGGAAUAAAUGAGCGGUACUGUAAAUAAUGUUCCUAUUACAUAGUAGGUUUCCAAAAAAAUGCUAUUAAGUGGGUUCCCUUACCCAGCAUUUCAAGCAGAAAUGUCCUUCCUGCUUUAGGUAUUUGGAUCCUUGAAGAUUUCAAAGCUCUAGCUUUAUACUCCUAUAUGUACUGUAGUUCCUCUCAUGACUUCACAGUAAAAUAUGCAGUAUAGAGCUUCUUUCAAGAAUCCAAACACCUCCACACUUAGAAAAAAUGCCAGCCUCAUCUUCCAAGGCCCUUACUAGGUGUCACCAGUCUCCAAUAGAAGAAAAAAAUUCAGGAAGUAGGCAAAAUAAAGAAAAAGAAUUUCAGCAAAUACUUACAAGGACUUAAAGGAUAGGAGAUUCUGAGAGAAAAUCUAUUUUCAGAAUGGAUCCAGGGCCUUAAAAUUGAGAAUGGCUUAUUGCUCUUUCUGUGCAGCUUCUCUAUGCCUAGUGAAUGAAUUGCUCUUUUAAAUUCAUACCUGAUUUUUUCCCUUUUUGUGAUGGGUCUUGUUAACAUUGAGAAAAUGGAAUGAAAACACAAACAAAAGCAUUCAUUUUUGAUUUAUUGCUUUAAUUGUCCACUUGAAACUCAGGUAAAUCUAAUUGUUCUCACUAGGAAUUUAAUGGCAUUGCCAUGACCAUGAGUGCCAACAGGUCUCAGAGAAGCAGAAAAUCUCCUUAAUGAAAUGUAUAGCUUAUAAAAAUAUAAAAGCACGUUGCUGCCUAAUUUGUUUCUUCCUUCUCUUUCUAUUGUAAUAAGUUCAGCAUUUCAUCUCUACUAGGUGUAAAAUACUUGAAAAUUAGGAAAACAUCCCUGGAGAAUUAAUGUGAGUUCGUAAGGAGCAUCAUCUCCUGAGCAGUCGUUAGAGCUCCAUUUUCAGAUACAGCUGCCUUAAAUAGAGGCAAUUUUUAGCAGUCAGAAAAUCAGAAAGUGAGCCUGCCAUUAUUUCAAAAAUCAGGUGACUAUCAGGUUUUUUCACUCUUCAAUUUAAUAACUCAGAAAGCAUAUCCUGAUUGAAGGGAUUGAUUCUAGGGCUAAGACAUAGCUGUGCUGUGAGAAUUAUGCAAAGACCUGACACAAGAAACAGCUCCUUCAGGGCACGUUCCAGAAUGAAAGGCAUGCUUCUGCAUGUUUCUUAUCUGAAGAUAAGCAAAGCUUAUAAAAAGAAUCAAAAGGAAGAAACAUUAUAUUAAGGUCCUUUUCUCCAUUCCUUUGACUUUAUUUUGUACAUUUAGGCAAUGAGGAGGUUUUGAAGUCCGUUUAGAAAAGUAAGUAUGUCAGGGUCCCCCAAACUUGACGGUGGAACCAAGUAGUUCUUUGUUGUAGGGGCAUCCUGGGCAUUGCAGAAUCUUGAGCAGACUUCUCAACCUCUGCUCACUAGAUGCCAGUAGCACCUCCACCUCCUCUUCUCCACUUACGACAACCAAAAAUGUUUCCAGACAUUGCCAGAUGUCCCCUGCUCUAUGUCAGGAGAUUUUAUUAUUUGGCUAGCCUCAAAGUUGUUUUAUUCACAUGCAAUUAAAUUUUAUUUAAAGGGCGUUUUCUUUAGAGUCCUAAUAUUCAUCAGUAUAUACUCAGAAAUUAGAUAAUCAUUGAUUCUUUUUUAAAUGUUUAGUAUUUUAUUAUCAUUUAAACACAUUUGAAAAUUGGCUAAACCAUACAAUUAGGAAAAAACUCUUUGAGUGUCAUUUGUAAGAAAAACUUCCUACUUCCAGGUUUGAUCUCUAGGAAAUUUACCCCUUAGGUCAGAUUACUUUAUUUUUAGAGAAAUUCUAACUUCUGGGUAUUAAUGAAGAUGAUAAUCAAACCCUGAUUUUUAAUAGGUUGCAACAUUACAAAUGUGAAUUUGUUAUUGAAUUGUAGAAUAAAAUGCAAUUAAGUUGAUACAUGAGCACUUUACUUCUAAAAGAAAAGGGAUAAACAAAACCAACAGCCUUUGUCAGAGAAGAAUGAGCUGUGGAGGGAGCUAGCCAGUUCCAGGUAUGAAACAACUGGAGAAAUAGACGAUACACUCAUAAUGUCAUUACAGAUCUAAAAUUCUUGUAGGUUAUUUAAAUAAAUAUAAAAAUGAUAUGGUAUAAUUUAUUUUGGCAAUUACGUCCACUUUAAAAAUUCCAAGAUAAAAUAUAUCAAAAUCAUAGUGUAAAAAAAAUUCUACAUUUGUUUAUCCCCAAUCAUCAUUUAUAUAAUGCCUGAAUGCAAGAGUCUCAUCUGAUCUUAUUUAUGGAAGUCCUUAUAUGUCCAACGUAAGAUACACCGAAUCACUGUGAUAUUAUUAAUAGCUAACAAUGGAGUGCUUAGUGUGUACCAACUGUGCUGUAGGUGCUCACACACAUUAUUUUGUGUGAGCCUCACAAUAACCCCAUGAGGUAAAUGCCAUGGUAGACAUGAGGAAAUUGGGCUAAUGGAGGUUAAGUAAAUCACCCAUUGUCAUGAACCAGGUUUCCAGAAAGCUCACGAUUAAAUAUUACAGCUUUUCAUCUGUGGUGGUCUUGAAUGUUAAUAUCCAUGUACCACCAGUUUAUCAAAUAAUCAUAACAAAAAUUAAAUUUUGUAUUAUUUUUAUGUAGUUUAUUUAUGGUAGUAUUUGAGGAUAUAAAAAUUACCAUUAGCAGCAAAUUGCAUUUUAUGGCAUAAAACAUAAGUAAACAAGUUUCAUUAAAUCAUAAGCACCUGCCUUGCUGGUAUGGUUUAGUUGGUUGGGUGUCAUCCUGAAAAUUGAUAGGUCACUGGUUCAAUUCCUGGUCAGGGCACAUGCCUGGGUUGUAGCUGCAGUCCCAGAUCUUGGAGUACAAGAGGCAAACCAAUGUAUGUUUCUCACAUUAAAAAUAGUCUUUUUUUAAAGGCAGGAAAAAAUUUUUGGAAGUGGUAGAAAUGUUCUGUAUUUUGAUUGUAGUGGUAGUUUUGCAGAUAAAUGAGUAUACAAAUGCCCAAGUCAUUAAAUUCUAUACAUUUAAUGGAAUUAAGUUUUUGUACAUAGUUAUACUUCAGUAAAAUUGAUUUUUUAAAAUUAGACAUCUUGCAAUGAUUAAUUUCAUCUUUUCAUUGUCCAUAGCAAGUAGGGGCAUAUGAGUAUCUCUUCACCAAAUUUAAGGGGUAUAUCUUCCUUGGGGCUGCAGAGUCCUGUGAAUUA